CUCUCUGCGCCCUGAUUGGUCAGCCACUGUCAGCUGACCGGGGAGCAGCGGAAGAGGAAAGCAGAGCAGCAGAGAGCAGGUUCCGUCAGCCACCAGAAUGCAGAGCACCGCCAACUACCUGUGGCUGAUCUCAGACCUGCUGGGUCAGGGAGCCACCGCCAACGUCUACCGAGGACGACACAAGAAAACGGGCGACCUCUACGCCGUCAAGGUGUUCAACAACCUGAGCUUCCUGCGGCCGCUGGACGUCCAGAUGAGAGAAUUUGAGGUUCUGAAGAAGCUCAACCACAAGAACAUCGUGAAGCUGUUUGCUGUGGAGGAAGAGACCAACACCCGCCAUAAGGUCCUGGUCAUGGAGUACUGUCCCUGCGGGAGUCUCUACACCGUCCUGGAGGAGUCCACCAACGCCUACGGUCUCCCUGAGGACGAGUUCCUCAUCGUUCUUCAUGACGUGGUGGCAGGGAUGAACCACCUGAGGGAGUACGGCAUCGUUCACCGCGACAUCAAACCAGGAAACAUCAUGAGGGUGAUCGGCGAGGAAGGCCGCUCCGUUUACAAGCUGACCGACUUCGGCGCCGCCCGGGAACUGGAGGACGACGAGCAGUUCCAGUCUCUGUACGGCACCGAGGAGUACCUGCACCCGGACAUGUACGAACGCGCCGUCCUCAGGAAGGACCACCAGAAGAAGUACGGCGCCACGGUGGACCUGUGGAGCAUCGGCGUGACCUUCUACCACGCCGCCACCGGGAGCCUCCCGUUCCGACCGUUCGAAGGGCCACGCAGGAACAAGGAAGUGAUGUAUAAGAUCAUCACAGAGAAGCCGUCAGGGACAAUCUCAGGUCAUCAGAAGUGUGAGAACGGGAAGAUCGAGUGGAGCACCGAGAUGCCCGUGUCCUGCAGUUUGUCCAAGGGCCUCCAGAGCCUCCUGACUCCGGUUCUGGCCAACAUCCUGGAGGCGGAUCAGGAGAAGUGUUGGGGCUUCGAUCAGUUCUUCGCAGAGACCAACGACAUCCUGCACCGCGCCGUGGUCUUCGUCUUCAGCCUGCAGCAGGCCACGCUGCACCACGUCUACAUCCACGAGUACAACACGGCGGCGCUGUUCCAGGAGCUGCUGUGCCGCAGGACCAGCAUCCCGCUGCACAACCAGGAGCUGCUGUACGAGGGCCGGCGCCUGGUCCUGGACCCCAACCGCCAAGCCAAGACCUUCCCCAAGACCUCCAGAGACAACCCCAUCAUGCUGGUGAGCCGCGAGGUCGUCGCCACCGUGGGCCUGAUCUUUGAAGACCCGAGUCCUCCCAAGGUCCAGCCCCGCUACGACCUGGACCUGGACGCCAGCUACGCUAAGACCUUUGCAGGAGAUGUGGGACAUCUAUGGAAAACCUCCGAGUCUCUGCUGGUUUAUCAGGAGCUGGUGCGGAAAGGAGUGCGAGGAUUGAUAGAGCUGAUGAAGGAGGACUACAGCGAGAUUCUGCACAAGAAGUCGGAGGUGUUCCACCUCUGCAACAUCUGCACGCAGCUGCUGGAGAAGACGGAGCAGCUGCUGGCGAUGCUGAUGCAGGCCAACAUGCUGACCUCGGAGUACGAAGAGAUCUCCGACAUGCACAAGAAGGUUCUCAGAAUCUCCGGCUCUCUGGAGCCCAUUGAGAGAACGGCACAAGAACUAAAGAGUAAGUUCCUGGCUGGAGGCCUGCUGACGGACGCCUGGACGCAGCAGGUUGGGACGCACCCCGAGGACCGCAACGUGGAGAAAAUCAAAGUGCUGCUAGACGCCAUCACAGCCAUCUACCAGCAGUUCAAGAAGGACAAAGCAGAGAGACGUCUGCCGUACAACGAGGAGCAGAUCCACAAGUUUGAUAAGCAGAAGUUGGUCAUCCACGCCGGCAAAGCUCGCUCUCUCUUCACUGACGAGUGCGCCAUGAAGUACCGCCUCUUCAUCUCCAAGAGCGAGGAGUGGAUGAGGAAGGUUCACCACGUGAGGAAGCAGUUCCUGAGCCUGUCGGGUCAGCUGAACAGCAUCGAGAAGGAGGUGACCAUGCUGAUGGACCGGGCCAUCAAGCUGCAGGAACAGCUGCCUCAGAAGGUUCUGCCGCUGGUGCCCAAUGUGAUGAAGCCUCAGCCGUACCUCAGUCCCAACACGCUGGUGGAGAUGACGCUGGGGAUGAAGAAGCUGAAGGAGGAGAUGGAGGGAGUCGUCAAGGAGCUGGCAGAGAACAACCACUUCCUAGAGAGGUUUGGGACUCUGACUCUGGAUGGAGGUCUGAGAGGCUGACCGGACCGCAGCACUGUGUACAUAUCCUCUGUAAAUACUGUCUGACUCGGACGGGUCACUGGGCCCACGGUCAGAACCUUCCAUCAGAACCGUCGAACCCAGAAACCACUGUCCCGACUCCCCGCGUCUCCAGAACCACAGCAGGCCCGGACGGAAUUACUACCAGAACCACCCUCUGCGCACUAAGUCAGAUCUGCUCCUGAGAUUUAUUUGGUUUUAUUUCAGCUCUCCAGACAGAACCCAAACUGCUUCACAGGUUCUACAGACACAGAACCAUGACCCGAAGUCUAGAACCAUGCAAAUCAAUAUUUUCCUCUCAUAACGGUUCUGUUUAAAUGGUUCUGUAUCCACCUUAUUUCCGGUAUAUCCAGCAGAACGAAGCAGGAGGAACGUUUUGGAUCAGGAGAAAGUUCCCCGGGUGUUGGGGGAACAUUUUGGAUCAUGUUGGUGAAAGUAGUUUAAAUGUUUAGAAAAGCAUUACAAUAAAUUCAGUUAAAGGUUCAAUCAGAGCUUUUCUCUCCUGUUUCCGCGUCGACUUCCUGUUUCCUCAUCUACUUCCUGUUUCCUCGUCUACUUCCUGUUUCCUCGUCGACUUCCUGUUUCCGCGUCGACUUCCUGUUUCCUCAUCGACUUCCUGUUUCCUCGUCUACUUCCUGUUUCCUCGUCUACUUCCUGUUUCCUCGUCUACUUCCUGUUUCCUCGUCAGUUUCCAUCUCUCUUCCAUAAUAACAUCCACAGUGCUGUUUGGAGCUCUUGUAAAUACGGAAAUAAAGACAUCUGAAGCAGAA